UAUUAGCGGCGGCGGCGCGCGCGGCCGGGCAGACGCGAGCGCGCAGCGGCGCAUCCCCGGCGCUCCCUCCCCGGCUCCCCGCGCCGCGCCCCUGCAGCCAUGGGGGUGGAGGGCUGCACCAAGUGCAUCAAGUACCUGCUCUUCGUCUUCAACUUCGUCUUCUGGCUGGCCGGGGGUGUGAUCCUGGGGGUGGCCCUAUGGCUGAGGCAUGACCCGAAGACCACCAACCUGCUGUACCUGGAGCUGGGGGACAGGGCGGCGCCCAACACCUUCUACGUAGGCAUCUACAUCCUCAUCGCCGUGGGUGCCGUGAUGAUGGUGGUCGGCUUCCUGGGCUGCUACGGGGCCAUCCAGGAGGCCCAGUGCCUGCUCGGCACGUUCUUCGCUUGCCUGGUGAUCCUGUUUGCCUGUGAGGUGGCUGCCGGCAUCUGGGGUUUCGUCAACAAGAACCAGAUCGCCAAGGACAUGAAGCAGUUCUAUGACCAGGCGGCACAGCAGACGCUGGUGGAGGAGGAGGACGCGGCGGCCAAGGCGCGGGCUGUGAUGAAGACCUUCCACCAGACGCUCAACUGCUGUGGCUCCAAAACCCUGUCGCACAUAACCAACGCCCAUCUGAAGGCCACUACGUGUCCUGAGGGCUUGAACAGCAUCAGUUUCUACAAGGAUGACUGCCAUCCCCAGAUCGAUGACCUCUUCUCGGGGAAGCUCUACCUCAUUGGCAUAGCGGCCAUCGUGGUGGCGGUGAUCAUGAUCUUCGAGAUGAUUCUGAGCAUGGUGCUGUGCUGUGGCAUCCGCAACAGCUCCGUGUACUGACGCCCGCGCUGCCCGUCACUCGGCUGGCACUGUUUUGCUACAACCGUCCUUCCACCGUGAUACUUCAGCGGUCUCCAGGCACCCCGGGCUGCCGGCCUUGGGAGAUGGGGCAGCACCGUCGGGCCCUGGGGGCCGACUGCAGGGCUGGGGGCGCUGUCUGGGCCCCCGCCCACCCUGCCCUCCCACCGCCCUCCUCCCUGCGGCUGUCCCCCACCUCUGAUCCCCCAGAGUGCUCACCUUUCCCUGCCU